GGAUCACUGAAUCAUGUGAAUCGAGGACACCAUGCAUAUACUCGGGCCGAGUAACAUACAACUCCUCCACGUCCUUUUUACAGCCCAUCCCUCUUUCUCUAGCAUUUUUCAGUUGGGAGGUCUCUCUCCUUGUCUACUCCAAAGAAAGAGUGGAGAUGAGUUCUACACCUGUUAAGAGGAGGGAAAGCCCAUGGGGGUUGCCAGAAGGUGACACUCGACAACCUCAACCACAUAGAUGCAAUGAUCGAGCAGAGGAUGUAAUCCAGGCUUGUUUUGAAGGAAACCCAUUUAAGACGGUUCCAGGUCCAUUCAAGCUUUUCUGGCGAUGCAUGCGUUCAAAGCCUGGGGAGGAGCCUACAGAACCUUUUACCUAUUUGCAGCUUGAUCCACCAAAGAGGCAAGAAACCAUACUUGAAUGAGAACUUGGCAACAUCUAUGAACAGUUUUUGGGUACAAUGUGAACUUGAAUGAACACCAUUCUUGGGUGAGAAUUCUUCUGUUCGUCUCUAGUAAUUUCAAUGUUGAAUGUCAAAUCCAUUCCAAAUAGAAUUCAUUGAGGAUGCAAGUAAAUGAUUUUCUUUGUUCGUCUCACCUUCCCCAAAUAACUGCAAAUGUUGAACAAGGUUCUUUAUACCAUGCAGAAUUUUUCUUUCUUUAUUC